CCUGCCUCCCCGCCCGCCAGCGCCGUCCCUCCCCGGCGCCCUUUCACUUCCUGGGGCCGGCGGAUGGCGGCGGCCGGCAGCGUACCCGCCCUAUAUGCAGCCCCGCAUUGCCUGAAGUCGCCGGCCCGGCCGGCCCGGUAGCUCCGCGCCCUCCCGGGAGCCCCGCCGGGAGCGGAGCAGCGCCGAGGGCCGGGCCGGGCGGCGCGGCAUGAGGGGCCGGUGAGGCGGGAAACGGCGCAGAGCGAGCCCCGGCCAUGGGACAGCAGCGGGAAGAGGACAGCGGAGGGCCGGGCAUGGGUUUUCCUCCAGAGUCAGAAGAGUCGAGUUCCCUUUUGCAGACAGCGGUUUCGGUGCUGCAGAGCUCCUACUUGGACUCUACAUCUCAGGACAGUUUUCAGUACAGCCAAGCAACUCUGGUAGAAAAUGAUGUUUUCCUGAGUGAGCUCAAAGCUUUUGCCCAAGCAAAGGAAGCCGCUGGGUACAGCCAGGAAGAGCUGGAGGAGACCUUUGCAUUUCUCCUGUUUGAUAAUGAAGAUGAGGCAAAAGAGGUGUGUCAGACAGGCCUGCGUGUGAACAGCAGCUCUAUUUCCACGCUUGGUGACCCAGCAAAAGGGGUUUAUAUUUCCAAGUAUGCAGAUUGUCUUCAUCCCAGACCCUGGCACCAUGGCAAAUCAGGCUAUAUUGUCAUCUGCAAGCUAAUUAAGGGGAAGGUGAAGGUGGUAUCUGAGAAUCACACAACCAGCUACACCUGCCCAUCUCCUGGCUACGACUGCCAUGUCUCCGUGAGCAGAAACAGCCUACCCUCAGAGACCAGCCAUGGCCAGGCCUUCGCUCAGAGCCAGUACUAUGUGUAUGAGGUGUCUAAUGGCAGCACAGCUGAGCGGCCCAGGCAGAUCUGCCCCUACAUAGUCAUCACUUGCCAGUACAGGGAGCCCAAGGAAAUGUCCAUCUCAGCUGUAGAGAACCUCCCUGAGCCUAAUCACAAAGUGUUGUACUGUCCGUGGAGGGGACAGCUCUCCAUCCAGGGUCAGAUUUUGUGCAACAUUGCCCUGAGGACACCAUACAGCUCCACCAUUCCAGCUCAGCUGCCUCCCAGCCUGGACAUCCACUAUGUAAUGGGUUUGUCUGACUUGAAGAAAAAGCUACCAGCAGCUGCAUUUGGGAAAAAAAAUUACACUGAGAAUGAAGUCUGCUUUCAGGGUAUUUACUUCAGUCUGUAUGAAGUCGAAAUCUCAAAUAAGGAUCAAUAUAAAAUGGAUCAGUUAGUCAAAACUCUGAAGGAGAAAGACUUGGCAAUCAUCAAAUAUUUACAGGAUCAAGGAGUCCUUAUCCUCCUCACAUCCUCUGCCUUGGCACUAGAUGACGGGUUUGACCCCAGGGAGCCCAUCAGCCUCCUGGCCCUGUUUCUGUUCACCUCAUCGCGAUCGGUGUGUCUGAGAGCUGAAAAGCACGAUCCAAAAGAUGGAAGGGAAAGCUCUGAUGGUGGCAACAUCUUAUUGAAGAUAGCCUCAGUCUUACCAAGACUUCGCUAUGCGGUACAGAAAGCCACCAGUUCUUCAUGGGGGGACACAGCUGGUACCAGCACGUGUGUCAGACAGCAUUUCCAGGAAUACACAAAGCUCAAUCAGAAUGCAAAGCCCACCUCUGGCCAAAGCAAUGAGGUUCCUUUUUCUUCUCUCCUCCCACCAACUGGGGAUGAAUGGACUAAUCCCUUCAGGAAACACUCGGAGCAGUCUUUCUCCCAGCUCCAGCAUUACCUCUCCAACCCCAGCAACUAUACUCUGGAAAUGUCAACUGCUUUAGGACGUUCGACUGAUGCUUCUCGGUCUCUUUCCUACCAUUCAGAGGCAGAUUGUAAAAUGGACUUCUCUCCAGCUGGGCUGCCAGGCUCUGUUCUUCCCACAGCUGUAGAUAUGAAAGCCAGAAGUGAAAACCCAACAGUGAGCCUGGACCAGAGGGGGGCAGGGCCCACAGAAGAUGUCACCGCAGCCAGCAAGCUGUGGGGGCAGCAGAGCAGGAGGAAAUCCAGCCGAGCUGUUGUGACCGGCACCAGGAAGAAAUGGUCACCCCUCAAGAUGCAAAUGCAUCCUAUGGGGGACAGUGGCAGGAAUAGGAAAGCAGCCAAGAAGAUGAUCAAUAUGGCUUCCUCUUUUCCUAAAAAACCAGGGGUUAUGGCCAAUUCCAGUGAGCCCAUGCUUAAGUUAGCCAAGCUACAGUCUCCACACAAAAGGAAAAGAGGUGCAGAGGUCCUGACUGCAGAAUUUGUGCACAAAACACAGUGUGAACCUCUUCAGAAGGAAACUUCAGCCCCCACUGAUCCUGGCUUGGAAACGAAGAGACCAAAGACCCAGAAGAACCCAGAUGUCAAAAGGGUUCCUGCGGCUGAGAUUCUCAAGAAGCCAGAGAAAAGCAAGAUGGUGAAAAGUGUGACCAACGGCCCGUGGAAACCUCAAGCCAGAAAGAAAGGAGACAGUGAGCGGAAGGAGCCAUCUGUCCUCCCAAGUGACGUUUCUUCCCCACACCAAGCAGCAGACAGCCAGGAGAGCGAGAGCUGCCCAGACAGGGCUGCUGAUCUUGGUUUCCACCCCAAGGGGAACGACUACGAGUCCCAUGCCUUGAACUUGUUGGCUGAUCUGGCUCUGGGUUCUUGCAUCCCUUCAUUUAUCCCCAGGGAUAGUGAGAUGAUGGCUGUGCCCUCCAGCCCCUCCAGAAACCCUACGAAGGAGCAGCAGCAUCAACGCAAGCACAAAUCCUUGCGCACCGCUUCCGACCACGAAUACCACAGGGUAGAGAAGCUUGCCAAGGGAGCCACCUCUCCUAGCAGGGCUUCGCCAAACCACAACCUUCCUCCUGCUGAAAAAUCAGACAUAAACAGACUGGCCUCCAUUCCCAGCGAGAAAAACGCUGGGAUUCUCAGCAACAAGAAUGGUACAAGCCACAGCCCUUCCAAACCUCUCGUGUUGCCUCCAAAACCUCAUGUGCUGCCCCCAAGGGAGACUCGGGACGCUGCUGAGGCGAACAAGCACUCCUUCAUCUCCGCCGAGCACUCGUAUGCCUCACAGAUGCCCGAGCACUCCAGGAAACACACCCAUCCCAGAGGUGCCCUUCACCCUGGACCGGCACCCUCCAGAAAUGGGAGCAGGCAGGCCCAAGCGGGACCUCUGGUUGGGAAAGUCCUCCCUUUCCGGCACCAGCAGAACAGCGGCCACCCCCAGCGCCCCUUCCAGGCCGCGGCAACCAGGCGCAGGAGCAGGCUGCUGUCCUCCAGGCUGAAGGAGAACUUCACCAAGUCCCACACGGUCAGUGUCUGUGGCAAGUCUGUGAAGGUGACGUGCCAUUGGGAGGCAGAGUACCUCUUCAAUUUGGACAGCAGGUACACCAACGAUGCCCUGGAGAAAACUGUCAUCCGUGCCCUCCAUGGGCCCUGGGACCCUGAUCUGCCCGACGAUAUGGAAGAAAUGAAGCUGAUACUUCAUAUGUGGGUGGCUCUCUUCUACAGCAAGCCCAGCAAACUCCUGAGCAGCACCAGGAAGGUGGUGGAGCACAGCAACCCUGAGAAGUACGUCUCACUAAACAGCACUGGGGAGUUUUUUGAGCUGAGUGAUGAUGGUGAGGACUGGUUUGGGUUGGAGACAUGCCCUGCAGACUCUCGGUCAGACCCUGACCAGACUCCCAGCAGCUCUCUGGAUCGCAGCAUACAUUACCAGGGACCUUCCCACCCAGAGGAGAACCCCGCAGACUCUCAGACCGAUGCUGAUGGGACUCCUGGUGUUGUCGAUAGUACGGUAUCGUCUUCUUCAGGGGAGCUGCCCUGUGAGGAGGAGGAGGAGCCUUCCUCCACGAGCUGUCCUGAGAGCCUUUCACUUGCUGAAUGUGCUGAUGAGAGCCUAGCUGUGAAAGACAGGCAGCCAGUGGUCAUUCCUGAGGAGCAUGUGCAUGACAUCUCAACCAUCACUGAGGAGGAGCAGUCCAAGGAAGGUCUGCUGGAUGCCACCGUCACCCCCAGCCCUUCUGAUGAGCUCAGCAAUGUUGCCAACGCUCCAGCUGCACCAGGCAGGGAAAAACCUCACAGCCAAGCUCCAAAUUCCAGUACAACUCCCUGGAAUGGUGGAUGUGGAGAGCAGCAGGAAAGCAGGUGGGCAGCACCUGAGGAUAUGGAGAGCACGGAAGAUGCUGAGCACUGUAUGGAGAUUGAGAACAGCAGCAGGGCCACCAACGAUGGACAACAACAUGUCUGUGAUUCAUUGCCCUUAGAACCCAGGCGUGCAGAAGAGGUGAAAAAUGACAACGGUUCGUGCCAGGCAGAGCCAGUGGAGAGUUCCCCUCCGGAUGUGCCCAUGCCAGGUGACCCAGGAUUGAUUCCUUCUCCUCCUCCACACGGUCACAAGGAAGGAGGCAUCCAGCCAGGCUCAGGCCUUGGCAUGUACCCUGAGAUGCGCUCCCCCAGUGUGAGCCUGGCUCUGGAUGGUGCCCCACGGUCCUGCUGCAUGGGACUGCUGUCACCAGGUGCCUGCUCUGGGUGUGCCAGUCCCAAGGGCCAAGGGGGGAGCCUUGGGAAGGAACCCAUCCUGCGUGAUGAUUCAGAAGGAGGAAGCAGGAUCCCUCUUGCCAGUCUUCCAUUUUUAGAGGAGCCACUGAGUGAGCCCCAGCCUGUGUGCAACCUGGGCGAGCAUGAGGCUGAGGAGUCCAACGUGUUUGCUGACCCACACCAUGCCAGCAUGGAGGUGGGAGAGGGAGAAGGGCCCACUGUGCCCUUCCCAGCACUGAGGGAACUCUCUGGAGAAAGCCUGGAGCUUCCUGAUUCUGAGUUCAUUUCAGAUGUGCUCCCGAGGGCAGAGCAGCUCCUCAGCAAAGACACACAGGGGGACUUGAGCUCUGAAGAUCUCUUUGGGACUGUAGCCAGUGACUCAGACCAGGAAUAUUUUGGGGGGACUUCACAAUCCCUGCUUACAGCCAGAGGUUCCUACAGCAGGAGAUCCAUGGGUGCUGCAGGCACAAGGACUAACUGUAACUCCUCCUCCAGGAGCUCAGUGUGCACAGAAGGACCCAGUGAAGACUGGGGCUCACUGGACAUGGAGCAGGACUGCUCAUGGGCUGAGGGUGGCUGGCCCAUCAGCCCAGGGGAAACCAGUAGUGGGCACAUUCCAUCCUAUGUCAGUUUUAGGGAUGGCCAGGGAAUCACCAAGGCCUACCAGAACUUCAUGGUAACCAAAUGGUGCCAGGAGAGGGUGGGAAAUGUGCAGACUUCAGAGAGGGGAGGCCGCUGUGCAGGGAUGUCACUGAUGGGGACGGGGAGGGGUUUUAAGGAAGUCACCCAGCACACUUUGGACAUGGAGUAUCUCAGUUUCCAUUAUAAGCUGAAACAAAUCCUAAGGAGUGGGCAGCCACACCUUUCUACCUCCAAAAGCAUCUUUCCACAAGUCUUUUCUCCUCAGGGGAUGUCUGAGAUGUUGCCUGUGCCAGAAGCCCCCAUCCCACCCUCCCCCCGCAGCAGGAGCCCUUUGCAGGUGACAAUCCUGCCCUCGGACCCGUGGCCGAGCAGGCCCAGACGGCCCCAGCGAGGCGGCUGGCGUGGGGACACGUGUGCCCUGUGCCAGGACACCCUCUGUCCUGAAAGGAGCAGGCCCAGGGCGCAGACCUCCACCUGGGAACACGCAGGUCCUUUGCACCUCAGCAAGCUCAGCCACAACAGUGAGCUGCAGGACUCGUGGGGAGACAUUGCCCUCAUCCUCAACGAGUAUGCAGAGCUCCACAGGGUGAUGCUGGGCAGGGCUCAGGUGGGGAGUGAGGACAGAAGGACGGUGCCAGUACACUGGGAGGCCACCAGCAAGCGGGCGGAGGCGUCCGUGCCCAGGAGGAAGGCAGCCUGUGAGGAGCUGAUAGCGGAGCUGUGCAGCAGCCUGCGGUUCCGGCUGCGCAGCCUGGCCAAGGAGACCAGCGGCCGCACCGCCAUGUUCUACCUGGUGGAGACGGGCCAGGAUCCCUUCUUCGCGAGAGUCAAGACCUUGCUGAAGAAAAAGGGCCAGGUGGAGAUGGAACCUCUGAGCUUCUGUGAAGGAAAACACCCAGAUGCUGCCAGGCUGCUUGUCAUCAUCAGGAACGAGGACAUCUCCUCACACAUCCACAAUGUCCCAUGCUUGCUGAAGCUAAAGCAGUGUCCAAAUGUGGUCUUUGCUGGGGUGGACAGCCCUGAAGAUCUAACUAGUCACAUCUACCAGGAGCUGUUUCAUGCUGGUGGCUUUGUGGUGUCAGACAACGAGGUGUUGGAAGCAGUGACACUGGGCCAACUGAAAGAGGUGGUGGAGGUGCUGAAGAAGCUGAACAGAAGCGGGAGGUGGAAGUGGUUCCUUCACUACAAGGAGAGGAAGAAGCUCAGAGAAGAUGGCAGGGCGGGCACUGAUGCCCACAAGAAGCACCUGAUCCUCAGAUCCUGCCAAGGAGCCGAUCUCAUCGAGGUGCUGCACUUCCACACCUGUGACUCUGUGGCAUCUCCCAGCUCUGAGCACCUCAGGUGCCUGUUGAGCCUGCAGGUGCAGCACAUUGCCACCAGGUUUGCUGUGUACCUCACAGAGAAGCCCAACUGCAGCAGGGAGGUCCUGGAAAGCAGAGGAAUCCUGGUGGCUGAUGUCAGCACUUUCCUUGGGACACUGCAGGAAGUGGCUGCUCCAUUUAGACAAAGCUACUGGUAA